UUCCUCUGAGAUGAAAACUUGGCUAGUGAGGAAUAGCGAUUCUGUGACUUCCUCCUAGUUGGUGCAUCUAAUGGAUUCUCCUAGCAGACAAUGGAGCAUCUCUCAAGCGAUGGGCCCCAAAUCCGGCAGCCAAAGGAGGACGGCUGCUCUUCACGGAAAGAGGCAGGCAGUAGUGGGGAUCAUCUCUCCGGGGACCCACCAGAAGUCAAGCUGCCCUUUCCCAGCGAUCCUUUCAGACUGCAGCUAGAAGGAUCCCAAGCCCCAGCUGGGCUCAAGUCAUUCACUCCAAAGCCUCCCCGUAAACCGAGGCUGGAGCGGACGUCGUCUCUGGACGAACUGAUCUGGCAGAGAAGGAGGCGGCCUUUCAGAAUGAAUCAAGGGAAUUCGGUGGAUUCAACUGAGGGGGGCUCCUCCAAUGGUUCUUUCCAGGGAGAGAGCCCCACCAAGCAGGAAGUCGCCUCCAGCGGCAACCACCACCACCUGCAGCCUCGGCACGACUUGAACUCGGGCUCCGAGGGUCCCCACCUCAGCCAAAGCCGACCCAGCUUUUCAGCUUUGCCCAGGAAGUUGUCCAAGGUCGUGGACUCCCAUCCUCCACCUCCUCUGGAACUUGAGGGCUCCUUUCCUUCUCUGAGGACAACUAAUAGGAUUGACCCAGAUUGCGCGGGCUACAAGUUCAGCCCUCGGAGGGGGUUUCCAAGAGCAGGCAGCAGCUGGAGCGACACACAGCUUCAGAGACGUGGAAUGGCUUGUGAACACUGCCUGGCUGCCUCCACCAAAUCCACCUUCAGCCUGCUGGCCCCCAUCCGUGUCACAGAUGUGCGAAACAGGUGUGUAUCUUGGGGCAGGGAGACCAUGACGGCGGCAGUCACCCCCACUCCAAUAUGGAUGUGGCUUUUGCAGUUCUUUUAA